UGGCGUGGGCUUCAGAACGGGAGCGAGUUGCCGCCGAGGCACAGCUAGCGAUCUGGCGGGGGCGGAAAAUGGCGGCUAUGGAAGAGCUAAAUGGCGCCGGGACCCCUGGGGGUGGGGUGGGCCGAGAGCUUGGCUAGAGAAUUGGGCCCGGGAACACGGAAAUUGAUAGGCUCAUCCCAAAAUAUGCUUUUUGGGACUGAUCUAGAACCAGCAUAUUCUUCGUGAAUCUCUUUAAUUGAUUGCAGUUGAGCUAGAUGGUGGAGCCAAAAUGCUAUUGCCCUGUCUUCAUCAACAGUUAAUCAAGUGUUGCAGAGGUAGGAACAUGGGGGAGAAACAAUCUGGAUAACAUGAAAGUGAUGCUGGUGGCUCAGGGACGGCAUCUGGAUUCUGUGGGAAGGGCUAUAGCUGAUCCAUCUGUUUUCUAGAUUUGAGUAUGAGCACAGUUGAAGAGGAUUCUGACACAGUGACAGUAGAAACUGUGGACUCUGUGACUUUGACUCGGGACACAGACGGGAACCUCAUUCUUCAUUGCCCUCAUAAUGAAGCUGAUGAAAUAGACUCAGAAGAUAGUACUGAACCUCCACAUAAAAGGCUUUGCCUGUCUUCUGAGGAUGAUCAAAGUAUUGAUGAUUCUACUCCUUGCAUAUCUGUUGUUGCACUUCCACUUUCAGAAAAUGAUCAGAGCUUUGAGGUGACCAUGACUGCAACCACAGAGGUGGCAGAUGAUGAGAUUGCUGAGGGAACUGUGACACAGAUCCAGAUUCUACAGAAUGAACAACUAGAUGAAAUAUCUCCCUUGGGUAAUGAGGAGGUUUCAGCAGUUAGCCAAGCAUGGUUUACAACUAAAGAAGAUAAGGAUUCUCUAACUAACAAAGGACAUAAAUGGAAGCAGGGGAUGUGGUCCAAGGAAGAAAUUGAUAUUUUGAUGAACAAUAUUGAACGCUAUUUGAAGGCACGCGGAAUAAAAGAUGCUACAGAAAUCAUCUUUGAGAUGUCAAAAGACGAAAGAAAAGAUUUCUACAGGACUAUAGCAUGGGGUCUGAACCGGCCUUUGUUUGCAGUUUAUAGAAGAGUGCUUCGCAUGUACGAUGACAGAAACCAUGUGGGAAAAUAUACACCUGAAGAAAUUGAAAAGCUCAAGGAGCUCCGGAUAAAGCAUGGCAAUGACUGGGCAACAAUAGGGGCGGCGCUAGGAAGGAGUGCCUCUUCCGUCAAAGAUCGGUGCCGACUGAUGAAGGACACUUGCAACACAGGGAAGUGGACAGAAGAAGAGGAAAAGAGACUUGCGGAGGUGGUGCACGAAUUGACGAGCACCGAGCCAGGUGACACAGUCACUCAGGGUGUGUCUUGGGCAGCUGUGGCGGAGCGUGUGGGCACUCGCUCAGAAAAGCAGUGCCGCUCCAAGUGGCUCAACUACCUGAACUGGAAGCAGAGCGGGGGCACCGAGUGGACCAAGGAGGACGAGACCAACCUCGUCCUCAGGAUAGCAGAACUUGAUGUAGCUGAUGAAAAUGAUAUAAACUGGGAUCUGUUAGCGGAGGGAUGGAGCAGUGUCCGUUCACCACAGUGGCUUCGAAGUAAAUGGUGGACCAUCAAAAGGCAAAUCGCAAACCAUAAGGAUGUUUCGUUCCCUGUCUUGAUAAAAGGUCUUAAACAGUUACAUGAAAAUCAAAAAAACAACCCAACGCUUUUGGAGAAUAAAUCAGGACCUGGAGUUCCAAACAGUAAUUCCAAUUCCAGUGUACAGCAUGUUCAGAUCAGAGUUGCCCGCUUGGAAGACAAUGCUGCCAUCUCUCCAAGCCCCAUGACAGCCCUGCAGAUUCCCGUCCAGAUCACCCACGUCUCUUCAGCAGACUCCGCCGCUGCUGCUGUUGACUCGGAAACAAUAACACUAAACAGCGGAGCACUGCAGACGUUUGAGAUCCUCCCAGUGAGUAGCCGCCUUACAGAGCCUAGUGCGCAAGAGCAGCUGACGUCGCUGUUAGAGAUGCUGCAUGAGCAAUCUUUCCAUUUACAGCCCACUGGUACUCCAGGCACCUACCUGCUUCAGACAAGCUCAAGCCAAGGCCUUCCCCUCACGCUGACUGCGAGUCCCACAGUCACCCUGGCAGCUGCGGCUCCUGCUUCUCCUGAGCAGAUCAUUGUUCAUGCUUUAUCUCCAGAACAUUUGUUGAACACAAGUGACGUCACAGUGCAGUGUCACGCACCAAGAGUCAUCAUUCAGACCGUUGCCACAGAGGACAUCGCCUCUUCCAUAUCCCAAGCAGAACUGACUGUGGAUAGUGAUAUUCACUCAUCUGAUUUUCCUGAGCCUCCAGAUGCCCUAGAAGCAGACACUUUCCCAGAUGAAAUUCAUCAGCCUAAGAUUACAGUAGAGCCGUCAUUUAUUGAUGCUCAUAUAUCCAAAUUCAGUGACCAAAAUAGCACAGAACUGAUGAAUAGCAUUAUGGUCAGAACAGGAGAAGAAAUCUCUGACACCCACCUUAAACAAGAGGACGAACCCUCCCCAUUAGCCCGGGCUUAUGUUACUGAGGAUUUAGGGUCUCCUACCAUAGAAGAGCAAGUUCAUCAAACAACAAUUGAUGAUGAAACGAUACUUAUUGUUCCUUCACCACAUGGCUUUAUCCAGACAUCUGAUGUUAUAGAUACUGAAUCCGUCUUGCCUUUGACAACACUAACAGAUCCCAUACUCCAGCAUCAUCGAGAAGAAUCAAACAUCAUUGGAUCAUCUCUGGGCAGUCCUGUCUCAGAAGACUCAAAAGAUGUUGAGGAUUUGGUACACUGUCAUUAGGUAAUUCUUAGAAACAAGCCAUUCAGGCAAAGUCACACUGUUCAUUAUAUCUCCAAAGAAAUAGGAGCAACCCCCAAGAGGCUUAAAUUUACCAUUCCUCUGGCUUUUGAAUAGCUGCAGUGCUCAAGCCACAUACAGUGUUGCUGCUAUGACUUUUUACCUCUUUAAAUAUAUCAUCUGAGGUCUAGUCUUACAACAGUGUGUAGUUGAGUGGAGCACUAGGGUCUUAACUGCAGAGAUCCCAGUGAUUAGUGUUUUUUGUCAGCAGGGAAUUUGAUUCACUUUAGCUGAGAGAAUUUUAAAAUCGCCAAAGCUUAACUACUGUUUAAAAAGCAGUAAUAUUCAUCUCUACAGUUCAGACAUGGCACUCUGUCGGCCUCAAGUAGGCCUGUUUAUAUUUCAGAGAAGUCACAUUAACAUGCUCUAGAGCUUCCCAGUGACGACCUGCACAGAGAUAUCUUCUAAGUAGUUUGAGACUUGAGGUGAUUGUGUGGGGGUUAUUUGGGUUUACCCAUUGCUGGCAGUGGGAGCUGAUUUGGGCUGGGUAAUGAGAAGAGUAUUAAAAGGGUUUAGAAAAUUCACUACAGGUUUUUUUUUUUAAUUAUUUUUUAAAGGGAAUAUGGAUGAGAGUGGUAAAACAAAAUUCACCAGAAGCUAAGCAUUUUCAUCCCUCAGAGCCCACUGUCACCAGUUUACAAAGUUAGCACUUUGAAGUAAAACUAAAUGGGAAAGAAGUACUAAGUUGCCUAUCCUGUACCAUGACCUUUUAUUACAUGUUUUGCUAUGUAAAUUACCCAGGAAGUCGCAGAGUAUCAGUUUGCCGUUCACUUAGUGCAUUAACUUGGUGGGGGUUUGAUAUAACUUCUCCCUCUCAGGCAAUUUAAAAACACAAAAUUUGCUUCUUUAAUGAAAGGAAACAAACCAAGAGUCAUUCCUAUACUAGAGAAGGUUAAGCCAAAAUUAGCCUCUAGGGCUUUAAUGAAUAUGACCCCUAUAGAAAAAGUUAAAAAAAAAAAAAAACUUGUAUAAAUUAUUUUAUUUAUUAUUGUAAUUAGAUCUACACAAUCAAAGUUGUCUUUUCACCGUCUGUGUUUUGUUAACGUGAAAUUGUAGUUAUAAGCAAAAGUUGGUUGCCUAGGGAACAAUAAUUGUAUAUUCAGUUUAACAGAAAUAAAAGAAUAUUUGUCUUAAAA